UGUAAGAAUGGAAGGGAUAUAAAUUAAAUCCUAAGCACAAUCAUUGUGGUGUACCAGUUAAGCUGCUUGACAGCUACGCUCCAUAACUACCAUCCAGCUUUUUCCAAUAAACAAUAAUAUAUAUUAAAUAAAUAUAUAUAUUUUUUUUAUUUCAUCAAAACAAUGUCUACCUAAUUUGAAUAAAUUUUAUUAAAAAUUAAUUGUCGGGAUAUAACAAACAAUUAUCAGCAUCAGUGCACUUCACUCUCACAAACACCAUGGAUGGACCUUGCCUUCAUCAAUUCAUCGUGACACCUUUUAAGAAUAUCCAACGAUUACACCGAUUUAGAGAAAUAAAAUGGAUGAAUCCACGAGCGAAUGCAACGACUGCUUAUGUGCCAACGUACAUAGAACACUUAGCAAACAUAAUAACUCAUGGAAUAUGGAUAGUUCCAGCGUUACUGGGAGCCACGGAACUUAUUUCAAGAUCUACAAAUUGGACUCAAUUAACGUCAGCAUGGGUCUACGGUGUUGCAUUACUUUUACUUUUCGUCGUAUCCACUACCUUCCAUUGUGUCCAUUAUCGUAAUCACAAACAAUUAAAAGAUGUGCUACAUCGUUGUGAUCGUGCGAUGAUAUAUGUUUUUAUCGCAGCAACAUAUUUUCCAUGGUUAAUGGUUGAAGAUUUUCCAGAUAAUGAUAUUAUACCUACCAUGAGAUAUUUAGUAUGGAUAAUGGCUAUUUUUGGUAUUUUAUACCAACAAGUAUUUCAUGAAAAAUAUAAAAUGUUAGAAACUAUUUUUUAUCUAGUCAUGGGUGUGGGACCAAGUAUUGCUGUUAUAACUGUUAACAAAUUUGACAACAUACGAGAAUUAAAGACUGGUGGAUUUAUCUACAUUGUUGGAAUUUUAUUUUUCAAAUCUGAUGGACGUAUACCUUGUGCCCAUGCUAUCUGGCAUGUAUUCGUAACAGUAGCUGCUGGAUUCCACUAUUACGCAAUACUAAAUCAUCUUUAUCCUCCAAUUUAUAAGGAUGAAGCCGUAGCAAUUGAUUUGAUAAAAUCCGCAGGAGAACUUUGAAAUGACUAUUUAAAUAUAAAUGUUAGCCAUAAAAUUAUUUCAUUUAUUAUGAUAUUAUUUUAUGAAACUUUUACAUGACAGUAGAAGUUUUUU